AUGAUCUCUCAAAAUCCAAUUUACAAUCUUCUCGUUCUCGGUCUCUCCCAACAAAAUCCACCACAGUCACCAAAAUCCUCUAGAUACACCAUUGCUGCCACCCCAACCAAGCCAAGCUCGAACGGUGCCUCUCCAAGUAUGAUGACCAUCACCCAAUUCCCAUCGUCGACCACAAGUCCAAUGAUGCAAUCACAAUCCGCCAAAGCCGUAGAGUCGUCGUCGUUGGCCAAGUCGUUCUUCACUCCAACCAAGGGUGGUGAGAAGAAGAUGAAGAAGAAGCAGCUCGAGAAGGAAUACCAGAUGCUCCAGGACAAAGUCAAGAUCAUGGAGAAACUCCGUAACGAGACCGACAGCGACGCCGAGCGUAUGAAGAUCAGCUUGAUCGACGCACUCACUGAGAACGACCGUCUCUCCAAGCGUAUCAACGAGCUCGAAGACUUGGUCGACUCGAUGAAGUCCGAACUCAACAAGGGUUCCUACGAAGCCUGGAAAGGUUACUGUUCAUUACAAGACUCACCACCAGGUGUCUCCACACGUUACUCCAAGAAGCGUGCUUUAAACUCUAAUCUCAACACCAACAAUCUAUAA